AUGGUGACUGAGACUACGCCACUGCGCAAUGCCGAGCGCCGACCACUGGAGCCGUACGCGCACCACAAGAGACGCAUUGCUGGUCUCGCAGUUGUCGGCCUCAUCCUGGUGGUGGUCGCUGUGCUCACGACGACGAAUAUUGGCAAGAAGACGCACUCACAGGCGAUACCACAGCAGCCGAUCAAAGUGACGGAGCCUCACACAGACCUGACGCCGCUGAAUACUACGAGGCAUCACCAUACGCCCGCGCCGACGUCCAAGAACUGGUUCCAAUGCGGAACCGAGAGGAGCGAGGCUGGCUACAUCACGCUGCCUUACAACGUAGGCGAUCACCUAUUCUACUGGUUCUUCGAGUCUCGAAAGGCCCCAGCCAGCGACCCGUUGGUGCUGUGGAUGACCGGUAGCGGCUCAAGCUGCUUUAGCCUCGUGACGCUCCUGACGGAGAACGGCCCGUGCCAGAUUAUCUCGGAGGGUACUACAGCACUGAAUCCGUACUCGUGGACGUCAGAGGCGAACGUGGUUUGGCUGGACCAGCCUACGAACGUCGGGUUCUCGUACGGUAGUAAUGCUAGAGCACAAUUCAAUGCGGGGGACGUGCAGAGGAAUGUGUACUGGUUCCUACAGAGAUUCCUAGACAAGCAUCCAGAGUUUCAAGGAAGAGCUCUGUUUCUAGCAGGAGAGGGGUAUCCAGCUCACUACAUUCCAGCUGCUGCACACUACAUUUGGAGAGAGAACUCCAUUGUGGAGAAGGCAAAUGCUACGGUUCGCAUAAACCUCGAGGGUAUCGCUAUCGGCAACGGUUUGGUGAACCCUGCUGUACAAAUGCCGCAUGCGCUGGACAUGGCUGUCAGCAACUCAUACAAUAUUUCUUUGAUUAACCCUACAGAUCUGGCUGCCGCGAAAGAAGCGGUGCCAGUCUGCCACGAGCUUCUGAAUGUGUGCCAGACGAACUCGAGUGCUUGCACAGGGGCGUCACGCUUCUGUUCAAGUUUUCUAUUAGACGCCAUGGACAGCUCGCAUAGAAACAGGUACGAUAUCCGCAAGAAAUGCGACCCCAGUGAUCCGUCAGGAUGCUACAAUACGUCUGCCGUCGCCGAAUACCUCAACUCGAAUGCUGUCCGUGCGUACCUCAGCGUCUCCGAUCAAGUGAGUUCAUGGCAGCAGUGCUCCAGCUCGAAUCGCGAGCACUACUCGGACUUGAUGAUGAACUUUGACGGAUACGUCGCUGAUUUAUUGAACGACGGGUUUAUCCGCGUGUUAAUCUACAGCGGCGAUGCAGAUUUGGUUUGCAAUUGGCGUGGAAGUGACGCUUGGACGAAGCAGCUCAAGUGGAAACAUCAGCGCGAUUUCAAUGAUGCAAGAAAGCACAUUUUUCUAGUGGCUGGAGAGAUUGAUACCGUCGACGCUGGUACUGUCCGCACGUACAACAACCAAUUCACAUUCCUUCGUGUCUUCGAGGCUGGCCACGUGGUUUCCAAGGAUCAACCUGCAGUCGCACUCGCGAUGAUCAACCGAUUCAUCAAGAACCAAAGUCUGCAGACCCGUUAA